AUGGUGAGGUCGGUCUUUCACCGUCGUUACCUCGUCGCGCUGCUCGCUGCGCUCCUUCUUGUCCCCUUCGUUGCUGCCCACGAUGCCCGUCCAUUAGAGCGCCGAGACCUCAGCAACAUCUUCAGUUUCCCCGACAACACUGACACGGACAAGUCGUCGUCGGCGACAGCGAGCAGCAAGUCCAACACCGCAUCGGCGUCUGCGACCAGCGCAGCCUCCACUAGUCAAACCAAGUCCACCCAGGCCUCCGCGGGCAGUAACACGUCCAACUCACAGGCGUCCUCGACUUCGAACAGUCAGUCGCAGACGUCGGGUUCCAGCUCCCAGACGACAUCUAACAGCCAGUCGACGACAUCCGCGCCCUCGUCGACCGCUCCGCCCUCUACUUCCAACGUCCGCUCGACGUCGUACUCGACGGGCGCGGAUGGCGAGGUCACCACAGAGAUUGUCACACUGCCUGCCUCUGCAUUGGCGAGUGGUUCGUCGUCAGCCGCGGGUGCGGCAUCCACGAAUACCGAUAGCUCGAGCGCUGGCCUGAGCACGGGCGGCAUUGUUGGUCUCUCGGUCGCAGGCGGAGUGGCACUGCUCGCUGUGAUUGCGUUCGCGGUGUUCAAGUUCAGUCGGAAACGGUAUCUGGACGAGUACGAUGAUGGCGAAGCAAUCAAGUGGCCUGAGCUGGGCAAUCAUGGCGAAACAUCGCAUGCACUUCCGACACACCGCACGGGCGGGGCUGGUUUCGAGACGUCGUCCGAAGUGAAUCUGACGCGUCCGGAUUCGCGUGCAGGCAGCAUUACUCCCUCUGCAGCCGCUUCUACUGUGGACCUGUACGGUGCGCAGCCGGAUCCCUACGCUGUGCCCCCGCUCCCCCAUCUUAAUCCGAGCGUAGGUGGCGGUGCGCUCCAGCCAUACCGCGAUGACCCAUCUGCCACGUACUACGACCCGUACAGUGGCCCUGUUCCGCGCACCUUAGAAGGCGAGGCCAUUCCGAUGACGCAAAUCCCAGGCCGACCAGGCAUGGCAUUGCGCUCACCGAGCCCAGGGCCGAACAUGGCGUACGGUGCAAAUCAGUUCGCAUGA